AACAAAAGAACAGCGGAAGUGGGCGAGGCAACGAACUGAAACCAACUGAGUGAGCCGUUCCUGGGGGUCGCUCAGCGACAGACGCCGGGGCUGUGCCGCCUCCUCUAGCGCCCCCCCCCCCGAGGGAAUCAAAGCACAAUGGUUCACAGCCAAUCCAGGAAACGCUCCCGAAGCAGGAGUGAAAGCGAGUCUCAAAGCAGGCAGGACAAAAAGGAUGAAAGGAAAAGAAGAAAAAGCAGUAAAGACUCAAAGAGGAGCAGCCUGUCUCCUCCAAGGAAGAAGGCAUCCAGGUCUCACAGACGCAGGUCGAGCUCAGCAUCUACUAAAGACGAGAAAAAGAAGGCCAAAGACAAGAAGAAGAGAAAGGCAAGUGCCUCCUCCUCUGAGACGACAAGUUCGUCUUCUGGGACUUCCUCCUCCUCCAGCUCCUCUUCAGAAGAUUCGAGUGACAGUGAAUCCAAAUUGAAAAAGAGGAGGCACAGCAAGAAGAAACGAACAAAACAGAAAGACAAAAAGAGAAAGAAGAAAAAAAUAAAAAAGAAAACGAAGAAGAAAUCAAAGGACCGGCCUAAAGAGGAGAGAGCCACGGUGGAAGGCGUGCCUGGCCCAUCACUGGAACAGUGGCAGAAAGAAUCUUUGGUGGAACCUGGCCCAGUUUUGACAGAUGAACAAAAGUCCCGCAUCCAGGCUAUGAAACCAAUGACAAAAGAAGAGUGGGAUGCAAGGCAAAGUGUCAUCAGAAAAGUUGUGGACCCCGAAACGGGAAGAACAAGGCUUAUUAAGGGAGAUGGAGAAGUACUAGAAGAAAUUGUCACCAAAGAAAGACACAAAGAGAUUAACAAGCAAGCCACCCGAGGAGACGGCCUGGCCUUCCAGAUGAGGACAGGGAUGCUUCAGUGACAGUCCAGAUGUCAAGUACAUCAGGAAAGGUGGUUUUUCUUGUUCUGUUCACUGAGACACUAAUCUGCCAAAGCAGACAGCUCCCCAUUCUCCCUGCACUGACGAGACGUGUGUGUGACACAGCAGGAUCUUUACCCUUUGCACAUGUCCUGUUCUGCUGGGUCCAUCUAUUGCCUGGAGGAAGGAGUGACUUUGAUGGCAUCUCCCCUUUAGCCAUGGCUUCUCUCCUGCCAGUCCAUUCAAAGUCCUUAAGACCUGACCAACAUUGCUCUCAGCUUGGUGGCUUUCUGAAACUCAACCCACUGCUGCUCAGUGAUUGAGCAAAUGAUUGUCAGGCUGAGUCCCUGGAGGAGACAAACCGACCCAGUUAACACUACAUUAUCUUUAAUACACUUCCUUGAUGGUGAUUCAGAUUCUAAGCUCUAAGGCAAAUGCCCAGGUACCAGGCGGACAUAACCCUGCUGAUACUGGGGUGACUGCCACAAGUGCUCCCCUGAAAUGAGGCCAUCUUGAAUCAUUUUUCUUCACAAGUGGUUGCUAUGUGCCUGACUAUUUGCCCUGUAUUUACUUCAGUGUCUGGUUGGACAGAGACAUGCAUACAUUGCCCCAGCUUUGUGCAGGCUGUAACAUCCUGCAAGGUGCCUUCUCUCACUGAGCCAGUGAGAAGUGAAGGCACUUGGCAUGGUACAGGUUCAAGCUAAUCAGCACUGGCUCCCUUGAUGGGAGGCUGCACUGGGAGCUCAGCUGCUGUACCGGCCAGUGGGUUAAGUGUAAUGGGCAGGGGUUUGCUCAGCCUUGCUCCUGUCCCUGCACCAAAGUGAUGCCCCUUCCUUGCUCUUUGUGUCUUGCCACCCUACGGAGGUGCAAGGGGCAGGUUUGGUUUGUUAGUGAAAUUGGCAUUUCAGAAGCAGAGGAGCCCAGGAAAACUCAGUCUUCUGACCCCGCCCCCCCCUUAACAUGGUGAUCUGAAAACUUGUAAAAAAUAAACUGAUUAAAUCAAUCCAGCAGCCCAAGUUUUUCUUUUAUGUGCCAGGGUGAAUGGACGACAGUUAUACAAACCAGUCUGUCGCAGGGGGACAGGCAAGAUCUUUGUGUGUGUGUGUGGGCUAAUACCCGAAGCUUUGCAGUGAACGCUUGUCCCAUCCUCUGCACCCAGUGGCUUGCUAAGAAAAGCAGAGUAGGUCAGAGGUUUGACCUUAUGCUACCACAGCUGAGCAGCUACAGCUAGCGAAGUGCAAGACCUAGAAAGUACCACACUGACUCCCACUAGAGACGCCUGUUUUACCUGCCUACCUUGGUGACUUCGUAGUUUCCUUUACUCCUAUUGAACGGAUCCCAGCACAGACUUCUUCAGUCAUUGGGGGUCUGAUGCCUGUUGGUGGAAAGUCUUGUUCUGAGCUAUAAAAUCACUGCCUGUUUAAAAUAAAUUGUCCUUCUGUAUGGUUUGAACUAGUUUUCGUGUGCCACUUUUCUAGCCUCAGAAAAGGACUGGAGGUGUUUGACUGUGGGAGACUGAUCACAUAUAUAAGGAUUCAGCUAGUCUGCUGGCAGGUCUCCUGUCAAUGCCUCUUCCUUUUCCCUUUAAUGCAGGCCUCCUCCUCUAGUAGCUGGGGGUUAGGCACAUGGCUCAGAUGGAGACAACUCACUUCCCUUUUAUAAAGGAGCCAGUUAUGGCACAAACCUCCCUCGGCCCAUAUGUUUAACAAGGAGGACACUCGCAGCAGCCAGGAUGAGGGGGGGGACAAGCCCUGGACAAACAAGUAGGUGUCGAAGGAGGGCUGAGCCAGGCAAAUCUCUGCCUGUACUGAACUGCAGAGGGUGCAGGUCUCUUGAGCCUCCCCCUUUGUAAGGGUCAGGGUAAGGCAGCAGUGCUGACAGCAGGUGAUGUGUGGGAAUGAGAGGUGGCCCCUGACUUAGGGUUUACGGAUAGUACAUGUCCCCAGCUGCAUUUACUGGCAGCCAGUGCAAGUGAAGCACUCACAUGCUGUUGGGGGUCUCCCUGUUCUCCACUCUCACACUCCCCUGUUGUUGAUUCACUCACAGGCUGGCUGUAAAACAUGUGCAAUUCAGAGCACCAUGUGCUUGUAAUUGUCUCUUUUCUAUUUGCCUCAUGUCAAUGUUUGCACCCCCUGUAUUUUUCUGCUCAGCAGUUUAUGUCUUUGCCAUCUUUUUCUUUGGCAUCUAAUCCCAGUGGACACUUUCAUCAAACCAGCUCAUUUUCAGUUCCCAGUUCCUAGCUUCUGUGAUGCAUUAACUGUCAGUUUGUAAGUCACCAAAAGAAGCAGACACAGAAAGUAGCCUUCCUGUUGCUUUAAUCUGUGUAAUGUACAAAGAUACUGUACACAAAGCACACCCAGGCAUUAGAACAAUGCACUAACAGCAAGGAGGAGAAGGAAGUUGUACAGUAGUUAUGGUUUGUUACAUACAAGCAAACAGAUCUUAACAGUAUUUCACACACACAACGUAAUACACAAAAUGAAAACCAGGAAGCAGUAGACUCGGGUCAACUCUCAUUCCCUGGCGGGGUGCAGGUGUGUGUGUCAAAUUAAGCCAUGAUGUAGUUUCCCCCCAUCUGUAUCCCUAAGAGAUUUUUUUAUAAAUAAAAUAGAACAUUAUUGAAUAUAAAAUUGACAGUCAAGGAUAUCAAUAUCCAGGGUUUUCAUACAAGGAAAGGGAGAAAAAUGUAAGGCUUCUAGAACUAAUAGGAAAAUGCAGCAAAGGUGAAGAUACCUGAAGAGCAGGGGCUACUACAAGAAGUGCAGGUUGCUUGUGGGAAGAGCAGUUGUUAGUAACCCUUUGGUUAGCUAUUGGUUUUCAUUGAACGUAUUUUCUAACACUAGACACAGGGGUUUUUGGUAUUCAAAUUUUGCCUUCUUAAUUUAUCAAAAGAAAAUAAGGAAUUAAAGUGACAGUUCGGAUUUAAAAAAAAAAAAAAAAGACUGGAAAGGGACAGUGUCAGGUUUCUGUCCAAAGUUCAGAUGACAGAAAAGCUGCUUUUUAGGAAGAAGAA